CGGCCGGCGUGCGCUGCCGUCCGCCCCUCCCGGCCUCGCUCGGGUCUGCCCUGGCCGGUGCCCCUGCCGCGGAGGCAGCGGCGGCUGUGCGAGCUCGGCCGGCUGUGCCCGGGCGGCCCUCGGGUGCCCGCUCUCCCCUCGCCCUUCCCCGGUCCUCACCCCUCUCCGACCCCACCCGAGCCCGGCGCCUCGGCUGCCUCCGGCCAUGGCGUGCGGAGCCACUCUGAAAAGGACUCUGGAUUUCGACCCGCUGCUCAGCCCGGCGUCCCCGAAGAGGAGGCGAUGUGCGCCAUUAUCGGCGCCCACCUCGGCCGCCGCCUCCCCGUCGUCGGCGGCCGCGGCCACCGCCGCCUCCUUCUCGGCCGCGGCCGCCUCGCCGCAGAAGUAUCUCCGCAUGGAGCCGUCCCCCUUCGGCGACGUCUCCUCCCGCCUCACCACAGAACAAAUCUUGUACAACAUAAAACAAGAGUAUAAACGCAUGCAAAAGAGAAGACAUUUAGAAACGAACUUCCAGCAGACAGAUCCGUGUUGUAGUUCUGACGCACAGUCACAUGCAUUUCUCCUCAGUGGACCCGCUUCACCAGGGACAUCAUCCGCAACCUCCUCACCAUUAAAAAAAGAACAGCCCUUAUUUACCCUACGGCAGGUUGGAAUGAUCUGUGAACGUUUGUUGAAAGAACGUGAAGAGAAAGUGCGAGAAGAGUAUGAAGAAAUAUUGAACACAAAACUUGCAGAACAAUAUGAUGCAUUUGUGAAGUUUACGCAUGAUCAGAUAAUGCGACGAUAUGGAGAACAGCCUGCUAGUUAUGUUUCAUGAAUGAACGUUUUCUGCAUUUGUGGGCUGCCUUCUUUCUUGUCGAGUUGUUGCAGGAGGUCCCAAAUAAGACAUGCAGCAAUGCCAACACCCCCUGUGAAUACAGGUUAUUUCAAGCUUUUGUCGGUGGCAACCACUCUUAGGCAGCAGCAGUUGGUUUUGAAAUUUCCCUGAUGUCAGUACCACCUGGAUGUGGACCUUUGCUACCUGUAUUACUACCAGUGGCCUCAUUUUGCUGUAUCAUUACAAUUUGGCUUCUUAUGUGUUUGGAAAGGAUUAAAGCUGGUAUUCUAGAACAUGCCCUUUGCUGGUUGUGUAAAUAAAACUGUAGAAUGACACUUCA